GUUACAGUCUAUGUCAAAGACCACUGGAAGGAUGAUGAUUUCUUUGGCUACCAGUUCCUGAAUGGUCUUAACCCCAUGGUGAUCAGACGCUGUGAUACCCUGCCUGACAACUUUCCUGUCACUGAUGACAUGAUCAGCAAGCACAGCAACGGUCCCUCUUGGCUGGAUCAGGAAAUUAAGUGUGGCAACAUAUUUCUGUGUGACUACAAGCUGUUGGAUGAAGUAAAAACAAGAGAAAUCCAUGGAAAGCAGCAAUACCUGGCGGCUCCACUUGUGCUGCUCUAUAAAACAGCUGAUGAUAAACUGGUGCCUAUUGCAAUUCAGCUGAAGCAGGAGCCAGGACCAGACAACCCAAUCUUCCUUCCUACUGAUUCUUCGCAUGACUGGUUGUUGGCAAAAACUUUUGUGAGAAGUGCAGAAUUUAAUUUGCAUGAGCUCAACUUUCACCUGCUGCGCACUCACCUGCUGGCUGAGGUCUUUGCAGUGUCCACGCUGCGCAACCUACCUAUGGUUCAUCCGCUGUACAAGCUUCUCAUACCCCACACUCGCUACACUCUGCAUAUUAAUGUCCUGGCUCGAAAGGUCCUAAUAUCUGAGAAUGGUGUCUUGACAACGGUGGCAUCUUCGGGUGGAGAGGGUAUGUUUAAAAUCCUGGGGGACUCCUUGUCCUCAAUGACGUACAGAUCCCUCUGCAUACCUGAUGACAUUGCAGAUCGUGGGAUGGAAAAUAUUCCCAAUUUCUACUACAGAGAUGACGGACUGAAACUGUGGAACAGCCUACACAGUCCUCAGGUCCCUUUAGGCAAUUACCCAGAGGAGCAUUUCACUGAGGAGGAGCCCCGCAGGCUGAUACAGGCGUUCCAAAAUGAGCUGAUGCAGCUGAGUGAUGAAAUCAAGAAAAGAAACGAGAAGCUGGUUGUCCGAUACGAAUACCUGGAUCCGGAAAAAAUUGGAAAUAGUGUUACUAUUUAAAAAACUGAUGUUUGAACCCCCUUUCAACCAAAUUUAGAUACAGAUUUGCAAAAGAAAAGAAAUCAGGAGAAAAUGUUUUUAUCUGAUCCUUUACUGUAAAUAU